AUGGAAAUCGACGGUAACACGCUUAUAUUUAUUAUCGUUCUGCUUUUUCUUUUCUUCUCUAAUCCCUCGGGAGAUGGAGUAACGUCACAGUAUGAAUACAACCAACUUCAGACGUUAAAGGAUCAAUUUCGAAGGGAGCAUUUGCAAUUUCAUAAUAUGACUUCUGAUUUGAACUUCCAGAAUAUAACAGGAUUGAAGCUAAGUUAUCAUGACAUAGUCGAAAAUCCUGAACUUAAUGCCACAUAUCCAAUUGAGGGGAAAGAUUACGAGCAUUGGGCCGCCAGUGACGAAUAUAUGAUAUUACCAUCAGAAAUUAUCAAUGAGAUUAAACAGAAUGUUUGGAAUGAGGAGAAAAAUGUUUUCCCUCCCAAUAUUACAAGCACACUGCAUGGUCAGAUAACUUUGAAGUCAAACGAUAAAUUUCAGAAAAUUCCCAUGCCCAUUCCCAGGUUUUAUGAGCCUCCUGAUGACUUUUCUCAAAAUAGACCUAAAAGUGGUGAAACAUAUCCUUCAGAAUGGCCAAAUUAUGGAGAGCUACAUAAUGUUACAUUUGACAGGGGAGAAAUUGUAGUUCAAAUUUCCGCGGCCAGUGUUGCCUCUUCUAGCUACGAUCGGAAGACAGAGAGGUUUUUUAACACGCAGAGUGACAAGUGGCGUUUAUUACAACUUCAAAUUGAUUUCUCUGAUAACUCUGAGCAGGAAAAGCAUAGCAUGACUGGUAGGGCGGUGUAUGACGUCGCGCGUGGACGAAUACUGGCUAUGUCUCAAAGUGCCAAAUUUCAUUCAAUCUUUGCCUUUCCGCAUUACAUGAAUCUAGAUGGUAAAGAAGAAGAAUCAAAAGCUACAUUUGAUGAGGUAAAGCAAUUGCUUGAUGAGUAUUGGAACGCUUCAGAUUAUGUGAAUACUUUGACCAUGGGUAGUCUACAAAAUUGGUAUGAUCUUGCAAACUAUAGAUGCGAAUAUGUCGUAUUCCUUCAACUUGAGCCAUGGAAGGAUUUCACCCCAGAUCAAAUAAAGAUAAUUGAUGAUGAACUGACAUGGCCAUUGGGAAGACAAGCCAAUUUGUCACAUCUGCCUCACGUUAACAUUUCAUCUGGAUUUCUCUAUUCUCCUGACUGUGGAGUUGCACUUCAAUUAGGUGGUGUUAGCGGCCCCCGGUAUGAACUGCAAAUCAGAACUAUUAGAAUUCAUUUGUUAUUCGGUAUUGGACUACUUGCUGCUCAGAUUUACUUGCUGUUGACGCAAAUGCAUAACACCAAUACUCCAUCCAGCGUCAACAAAAUGUCGUUUUGGUGUUUUUCUAUGAUGAAUUUAGUUGAUGGAUCGCUAGCAUUAAUAUAUGUGGUUGCAUCGGGGAUUUUCAUCGAAUUGUAUCUGCCUUUAGUUAUGAGCGCCUUUGCGUGUUUCAUUCUCGCCACAGUUUUCGAGACACGCUAUUUGAUAUCUAUUUAUGCUUCGCAGCUGAACGAGCAUAACGUUGGAAUAAUGACAUUAUUGAGAGGAAAUGCACACCACGAAGAGCGCAUCACUCCUACGGUAAUUCCAGAUGAGGCUUCAAUCAGCAGUAGCCUUUAUGGAAGACUGUUCUUCACUUUGGUGAUUUCGACGUUUGUUAUUUUGAGCUCUACAUCAUGGCCUAGAGACCUACGAACAAUGUUCGAAUAUGCAUGUAUCACUGUUUUAAACUCGUAUUGGAUUCCACAGAUUAUAAGAAACGCCAUCAAAGGAAAUGAGCCCCGAAGGAGAAGACAUCUAGAAGAUUCUCAACGUCAAAGGCAGAACAAGAUGCCUCUACUAUGGAAAUUUGUCAUCGGAACAUCAAUCAUAAGAAUAACUCCUGUUAUCUAUGUUUUUACAUACCCUUCGAAUGUUCUUCGCCAUCAUAAAGAUGUCAGAUUUGUGGUCAUUUUAAUACUUUGGCUUUUCUUUCAAAUUGCAGUUUUAUAUUCACAAGAUAUUCUUGGGGCUCGCUGGUUUCUGCCACAAUACUCGAUACCUGAGGGCUACUCUUAUCACAAGGGCAUGGCACUUGCGGAUGUUCUGGAGCAUGGAGGUUCUUCAGACUAUUGCGUUGACUGUGCAAUUUGCAUGAAUGAUAUACCGCUUUAUGUGAACGAAGUACCAGAAACACAUAAGAUUGACCGCAAUAGCUAUAUGGUAACCCCAUGCAGUCAUGUUUUCCACACCCAGUGUUUGGAGAGUUGGAUGAGUUACAAAUUACAGUGCCCUGUAUGUAGGGCACCUCUACCCCCUCUAUGA